AUGGCUUCCCUUAUAUUCAUGGCUUACGACUUGAUCAUGUUGUUUAACAUUGUUCUUUCACGAGGUGGGAAGGGGAGGAAGAGUUGGGCAGCUGCUUGUAAUGGAGGCGUUGUCAGCAGCCAAGUCCUCUGCCUCGCUGGGCAGCCCCCGGCCCCCCUGAACCGCCCCAACCCGCCCAUGAUGACCAUGGUGAUGGAGGCGGUGAAGACCCUGGAUGAGCACAAGGGGGUCUCUGUCGUGGCCAUAAAGCGCUACAUCCUGAGCAGCUACCCCGGGGUGGACCCCAUCCGCCUGAAGUACGGCCUGAAGAUGGCCCUGGCCAGAGGCCUGAAAAGGGGCUGCCUCAUCCGGCCACAAAACUCUUCCGCACUGGGGGCCACAGGGAGAUUCAAGCUGGGCACAGAGGAAGCCAAGGGAAAGAAGAGCCAGGAGAAGCAUUCGGAUUCGGAUGGAAAAACAGCGCCCACACUGAAGAAAGCAGCCAAGAAUCCCAAGGCAAAGGUUCCUGUGGAGAAACCAAGGCUGGGAGCAAUCGCAGAAGGGGAGAAGGAGGAGGCGGCUUCCAGCAAGAGUACCAAGGCGAAAGCUAGCAAGCAUCCAGGCAAACCUCCAGCGAAGCCCAAGGCUAGGAAGUCCCCCGGGGGGGAGAAAGAGGCCCAAAUCCUCAAGAAACAGAGCUCUUCCAAGGCCUUCCUGGCAAACACACCCGGUGCCCGCCAGAAAGCUGUGUCUAAAGAAAGCAAGAUGAGGGGCCCCCCAGGCAGAGGCCAAGGCGCCUGCAGCAGCCAAGAAAACCAAAGAGGCAAAGGGAGAGAAAGCCAAGGGGCGCAAAGAGGCACAAACAGAGUUCAGGGGCACAUCUUCAGCUAG